CGCUUGCCCAUCGCAAUGCUCAGUCCAUUCUAUAUGUCGAUGAUUAUUGAAAAGAAACAGAGAAAAAAGAUUUUGUAAUUAUAAUCGAGACAACGCAUCGCUCGCACGAUAAUUAACGAAGAGGACUGAAUACUGUAUUUUGACGGAAUUUUUAUCCAGAAGAUACAUUCUAAUCUUUAAAAUGAAUGCUCUGAAAGUAUCCUAACCUAGUCUGAUCUUGUUAUUGGAAUAACUUUAAUAUCUUUUAAUUUCCAGGAGCAACUAUUAAAAUGGGGAAAAAGAGGAAGCAUGUGGGAAUCUGCGAUGAGGGAAAGCAUGAUCAGGAAAAGCUCGAUAAGGAUAAUUACGACAAAGAACAGCUCGAAAAGGAAAAGCGUGAUAAGGAAAAAGAUGAGCAAGAGCUUCCCUUUGGGAGCAGGAAGCACACGCUUACAAUAUUGAAUGCUCUGUUUAAUCGUGGACAUCAGAAUGUCUUUCCUGAGGACAUCAUUCCAGGCAUAUCUCCGCAAGAGUAUCAUUCUAAAAUGAACUCAACAUUUGAAUUUACGAAGAAUGUUGUCAAGGACACAGCUUCGAUAGUUCACUGGUUAAACAAUGGUUUGUUUCUGGAAGACGAAUGUAACAUACCUAUGGCAUUGCUGUUUAUUGCAUGGUACGAACAACAUCCAACGCCCCGAAAAAAUGUGGAAUGCGACUUUAGAGAAGUAUAUGAAUUUCUUUACAAAGUGACGACAAAUCAACCAGUUCCGUAUCUUUCGGAGAAUUCUGCUAAUGUCUUAUACGAACUAUUGUCUGACUUAAUAGACGAAGUAUGGCCAGAUACGCAACUGGAACUUAUGAACUUUAUAGGGCAUCUGAAUUUGUAUAAUAGACCAGCAGCCAGGAAAACGUAUCCUGGAAAAAAGGCAAAGCUGAAUAGCAAGGAAAGAACGGAGAAUUGUUCGGCCUAGUUCUAAAGAUCAUAUUAAUUUUAGAUCUAAGAAUCUUUAAAGUUUCUUGAUUUUAAAAUCUUUUAAAAUUUAAAUUAUUUUUAAUUAUAAGAUCGAGAUUGUAACAUUUGAAAAUAAAUAAUUGCAAUUGUUUUAUAAGUCGAUAUGCUAAUAAAUAAUUCGUUAUUUAUUGCACGAAUUACUGAAUAAAAUUAUAAUCUACAAGGAAAA